GGUGGUGGUCCAAGAGCGCGUAGUGUAGUAUCAAAUUAGUCACCCUCGAGACCACGGUCGCUGCAGCCGCACACGUACGCCACACAAUCGCACAAUUGCAACAGUGCUUCUUAUCAGUGCAACCGCAACCCUGUCCGUCCACAGUCCAACAACGUCAGCGCGUCGACGACUCGCGAAGUGAGUGGUGUGUGUGUUUACUUUCUAACGCCUCAAAACUGGUCACCCAAUACCAGCGUACGCCGCGUGUAUUGUGGGGCAGAAAAAAAGGGCAUCCCUCUCCACCGCUCACCCGUAUGCGGCGUCAGCUGCACUCAACCAGAGUGAGAGAGAUAGAGAGAGUGAGAGUGAGAGCGAACCAGUGAGCCCUUGAAGCGCGUGCAGUGAGCAGCUCGGUGGUGAACGAUUAUAAGCACGGCGAGUCUCACUCGUCCCGGCUCACGUUCAUCGGCAUUCACCGUGAUGUUUUAGCGCGCGGCGGAUCGAUUUAGCCGUUCAGUUCACUCGACAGCAUCGGCUCGGUGGCAAGCAAAAGUGGACCGGGACCGGCCACAUCGCCGCUGAUAAACUUCGUCUCCCGUCUUGCAAUCUAUCUCGAGUGUGGUGGGUGUAUGUGACUGUGUGACUGUGUGUGCACACGUGUGUUUGCCUCUCUCUGUACCUCGUGCCGUGGCGUAAAAGCGUGAAAAUUUGAUAAACAAAUAACAAGCCAGCAUUAGAAAACACGAGACGACGCGAAACAAUAUUCGCCACUGUUUGCGUCCUCGAAACGCGCGUUUAGUGUCCCGUUCUGUGCGUGCGCGUGUGUGUAUUUCCGUUGCCCAGUAUCCCACCCAGUUCCAGUCGUGCCUUCCGUUCCACCCGAAAACCCACCGCCCCAAAACAGCCAACAUGCGAAACAAUUACCAUCGCCUUAGCCUACUGGUGGCCCUCUGCUCGUGUUACAGUCUGCUAGCGCCAGUGCGGUCACAGCAAAUCGAAACCAUCCCAUCGUCACCCUCGUACCACACGCUGUACGAACGCAACCUGGACCUGCUGUGCCGGGCCGACAAACCGAUCGACCAGUGCAACGUUCGGCUACCCGGACCGUCCACCGAUACGUUGGACGUCACCGCUAACGUCCUACCGGGCGGCGUCAAGCGCAUUGGGGACUUUUCGCGCGGCGAAUGUGGCGUCCGGCUGGCCACGUUCACGAACGAACGGAUCGGCAAGUUUGUCUGCAUCGUCACGAUCGAUGGCCAGCAGUUUGAGUCGGCGAUCGAGCUGCGGAAGCGUGUACCGCCCCGCCCAACCGAGCUGAAGAUCGCCAAAGCGACUGCCCUCAUCGAUGGGGGCUUGCGGGCGAACCAGCUGCUGAAGGCGCGCUGCAUCUCCCGUAACGGGCUGCCCGUCGCCAACCUGACCUGGCUGCUGGACGGCAAACCGAUCGAUGAGAGCGCGCUGAAACCGGCCCAAAUUACUGCCGAGGAGCAGCAGGAUGGUACCAGCUUGGAGACGAUCCAGCAGGAGGUGCAUCUGUACGUGACGCCGGCCGAGAACGGCCAGACUCUCGAGUGUGUUACGAAUCAUCCCGCGUUCAAACCCGAACUGCGUAACUCGUUCCUGCUGAACAUAAAGUUUCCACCGGAAGAGAUACCGCACAUCCACAUCGACGAGCUGCCGGCAAGCGGAAGCGCUACGAUCAACAUUACGAUCCACGCCAACCCCAAACCCUUUACCCGGUGGACGGUGAACGGCCGGCACAUCAAGGAGGGCGAAUCGGCCGACAUUUACCAGGCGUACAUUCCCCGCCCGAUUUCGGCCAAGGGCGAGUACAGGGUGCUGCUGAAAAACAACGACUGCUCGAUGGAGCGCCCGUCGCUGUUUACGCUCGAAGCGACCAACGCGCUCGGCACGCAGACGUACGUCAUCAAGGCGGUGCGGGUGGACGCGAACGAGGUGGAACCGGGCCGGAACGAUGACUACUACACCGAUGACAGCAACGGAUCCACCUUCUGGCUGAUAAGCGUCUGGACCUUCUUCUGCUCUGUGAUAGCUACACGUCUGUUGUGAAUCCAAUCCAAUAGCCUCUUCCCCUUUUCCCUAGUAGAGUAGUGAACCCAGUAGGGCCCAGUUGCGUUCGUUACGAGGUCAGCUUUGGGACGGGCUGUGCGUGCGUGCUUGAGAAUAUUUCCACCAAUGUACAGUGCAUCUCUCUGUAAGCGGGCUUGGUGACCUAGAGGAUGGUGGUGGUGGAACAGUAGGAUAUUAACUGGGUGCAUGGUUGGUGUACGGUUGCAAAGCAAAGAUACUCUUUGUUCGGAAAUAUUCUCAACGGGCACAGCUUGGACCCGAUAACAGAUCUGUUCGCUCGGGAACGUACAUGUCGAUAUUGUUUUAAAAUAUGCACACAUAAAAAACAAAACCCUCCGCGUUCCGAUAGUUCCUGCUGCAAAGUAUUCGUGAAGCCUGAAUGGCUUCACCACAAAAUCGCAACUCUUCCUCUAAACCAAAAUUAUUUACCAAUUUUCUGUAUGAUUCUUAAACAAACAAACAAACAAAAACACUAGAAUAAGGCACAAGUGGGCUGAGAAAAGCGGCAAGCCAAAAAACAAUCAAUGAACAGUAUGAUAAACUUCAACAAGUGUGUGAAUUGUGUGUUAAAAGUGUCCGUAGCAAAAGGAAGGAAAAACGCAUUCCUAAUUUCUCGUGAUGUUCUAAUGGACGCGAAGGCGCAUUGAAACAGUACCGAUAGAGCAAUGCAUUUCAAGAACGGCUUGCUGUGAGCAAUGCGUCUAGGAUGUGUUAAAUAUUAUUUAUUUCACUACUCUCUCUCUCUCUCUCUCUAAAAAUGAGACUAACCUGCUCCCCCGCCAAUGCUGUAAUGAAGCUAACCAGAAGAGGAUAAAUGCAAACAAAAUUCAAAGUUAAAUGGAACCCAAUAUCGAAUGUCGAUUUGGUGGCAGCAGUAACAGCAACAGGUGCAAGAUGAAAGUUGCAUCCGCCUGAAAAGCAGUAUUUAAAAAUAAAAACCACAUGCGCUGGUGAAUUUAACAUGUGAUGUAUUGGACAUUGAACAGUAGGAUGCAUCGUAUUUCAAUAAAAAAAAGUGAUAAGAUAACAUUAA